AGCUUCUUUUUCGAAUUUCAAAACCCAAUGGAGCCAUCACCACAGUGACACUCCUCCUCGCUCCCUCGCUCUCUCCUCUUUCUCUUUCUAAAUGACAAUUACAGCCUACCACAAUUAAAUCAUCAAUCAAUCAGAUUAAGAUAUACAGAAUUACAGAUAGAUACAGCAGUAAAUGGUAUGGUCUAGGAAGAACAAGGAAGGUGAAAGUGAAGUAUUAGCACCAGGUUUUCUGCAGAGAGUGGCGAUUGCAGUAAUGGGCUGUUUUUUUGGAUGUUUUCGUAUCAAAGAUUCCCAACCUCACCUCGUCUUAGGCCCUACUACUGAGACGGGGGUAACCACCCGCAACCGGAAUGCCCUGUCAUCGCUAUUCCUUUCAGAUGAUGAUUCAUGUCAAGAGGCAGAGAAAAAUCAGAAAUUGGAUAAUUCUCAGCUUGAAGAACUGGAUGUUCGGGAGCUCAAGGCGGAGGUCUGUUUCUAAAUAAAUGUUAAAGGU